AUGGAAAGGCAACACGCGGUAACGCUAAUAAGCUUCUUGCUUGCAACGGUCUUCGCACAUAACGUGCUGGACGCUAAACCUCCGUUAUUGUAAGUAAAGUCGUAUUCUCCUCUCCUUGUGCUUUGUUGAGACACAAUGAUUCAAUCAGCCUUUUAUCUCUCUUGACACUAUGACAGGUUUGUUUCGUCAGCUGCAACAUUUGGUCCGAGCUUGAUUUGCAGUAGGAUCCCUGGCCUCUCGCCUGAACAAAUUAGGAUCUGCGAAGAACAACCGACCCUUAUAAACUGUAUUCGACAAGGCUAUAAAGAAGCCGCCAAAGAAUGCAAAAAUCAAUUCCGCAACAACAGAUGGAAUUGUACUGUUCUGGGGCAGAGCUCGGACUUCGAUGACUUGGCAAUACGUGAGUAAGAUUACUAUUUCCUAAUGAGUUUGCUCUUUAGCCCCUGUAAAUAUUAGGAAGUUUCUCGUGGCUUAAUUUAGUGCGCCACCUAAAUUGAAGCGUUUUAUCGUAUUUAUUUGUUUGUUUGGUAUACAAUAGCUGCCGAUUAAGCUAAGAGAGCUCACUUAUGUUUAGGACAUGAAAAGUGCUAACAGUCUAUGAUAUAAGUGCUUGUGUCAAAGGUUGUCCAUAAACUGUCAUCAAUGCUUUUAACCUAAAUCAGUGUAGCUAAUGAAUUACCGCUGCCUUCUAUUACAUUUCCGUUUAGUUCUAUCGUAAACGCUUGUCUCAACGAAGAUAAUUUCAACAGAUUGAGUAGUCACCAAGAGAAACACAGACAAAACCAUGAUGAAAUGUUCCGUCUUGAACAAAACCGUGAAAAAAGUUUAUACAUAAAUGUAAGAAGUUAUAAAUUUCGCCAGAGUCAUUUAGGUAAAUGCAUUGGUGAAGAUAGGAAGUUGUUAUAGAAAAAAUAGCGGCAUCGAAUUUGUCAGUUCCCUCUUCAUGUUGCUAUGUAAAUGAUCAUGAGCGGUGUUUUAAAAUGCAGACCUGUCUAAAUCCUUUUCUGUCGGUUCGCAGAGACGACUCUUACAAUAAGGAGAAAUUGCCAGUGUAGUGGAGAGGAAUCUUUCAUUUGAAAUUUCAUAUUAGGAGAUUUUGUACUUUUAACAAAAACUGUCAAUUUUCAUUCUUUUAACUUUGCUGAGAAUACCAAACGUUGAGUACUUUUUUACUUUCCUUUCUCAAUGUCUUUCUCUUUCUUUCACACACUGUAAACGUUUUACUACUGACAAGGCUUAUUUUAAUUACCUCAUUGAAAAUUUACGAUCCAUUUUUUUAAUAAAGCAAAGUCAUUUUAUCUUGAUAACUCGAUUAAAAAAGUUAUUUUUAGCAUGUGCCUUUAAAAUUAAUUUGCGGUGUAAGAAAUGUUUGAGUUACGAAGGCGUUUUCAAGUUGCCUUAAGAGGUAGGCUUAAAAUGACAGCAGCAUAUGGCACACAGACAAGGCGCGAAGAAAAAAUAUCUUUGUAGAAAACAAAUUCAUUCUGGGAAAUUGGAAGUUAUCUAGUCUAUACAAUGCUGUGAACCAGAGGCGUCGAUACAUCAGUUUGAAAUGAUCACUUUGUACUGUAUGAAUAUCGUUUGAUUGAAAUGUUUGAAAAAAGGAUUUUGAUGACUCAAGAUACGGCGGAGUUACGUGGAUGAGAUGUUAAACGCGAAAAAAUUGUCAGACCCGCCGCGCAGUGGGAAAGAGUAGGGGUUGGUCUCCCAUUUGAAAGAGACAGCAACGCUCGUCAUCUCGUUAAGGGGAUUUAAAUUAAAGAUUUUGGUAACAACAUCUUUGUCACUUUAGAAUAGUGCCAUUUUAUGCUCAAAAAAUGCUUGGGCCACGUCAAGUUUGCUCUCUUUUAAAGUUUCGACAAGCAAUUGUCCGUCGCCAGCAUAUAACGGUCACAGCGCCCCUCCCCCCCCCCUCCUCCACUCUCCUCCUCCGACAAGUUGGCCUCGCUUAUAUUUUACGGGAGUCCAAUUAAUGACGUUGUCGUUGUCGCUUUGUAGCCGGUACAAAAGAAGCCGCCUUCGCACAAUCCAUGGUUUCUGCUGGAGUUGUCUAUACGAUCACAAGAGCCUGCAGCAUGGGUAAUUUAUCCGAGUGCAACUGCGACAGGGAAAAAUGGGGGCAGAAUAGCCGCAAAGGCUGGAUGUGGGGAGGCUGCUCAGUUGACACCGGUUAUGGUAUGAAUCUUUCCAGACGGUUUGUGAACGGACGCCACAACACGCACGAUGCCAUAUACUUGAUGAACAAGCAUAACAACAAAGCAGGCAGACAGGUAGGUGGCCUAUAACACAACCUCAAUGACAUAAUUGCUUUUCUAAUUACUUAAUGAUAAUGAGAGUUAAACAAUCGCGGAUUUUCUUCGUCAUACAAUGUCGUAACUUUGCACGAAACCGUUUUCUUCCAUGGGCUCUAAUUUGAUGUACAAUAGUUUCCAUCACGGUAACUCUGAACGAUGCAACGUGUGGCAUUCUAGGUAUUUAAGGAAUCCUUUUUUCUCAGAACUGACCUUCAAGUAUUUGCAUGAGAGUAUUACUAAUAAAUAGAUAUGAAAUAAAAAAAGAAAGAAAGAGAAAAAAAUGGGUUUCGUUUCAUUUGGCUGCACCCAUAUUGUUUGAUAAAACAUGAUAAAACUUCUAUUGAAAGUUUUUAUUAGUUAACCACAAGACCCCAUGAUAGGAAAUUAAGACCGUUGGUUCAAAAUCAUCUGAACGAAAUAGCAUCUUUAAUUUCUUUUGGAAGUUAUUGUUUUCAAAAUGUGAUCGAAAGAGGUUUCAAGAGAAACCUCGUUUCUUAAUAUCGUGCAACUGAUCUCGACCUGUUGUCUCCAAAGACCAACUGUAUAUCUUGUGUCUUGACACGUUUUAGUUUUUAGCAACAAAAAUACAUUUUCUGCAUUGAAUUAUAGAAAUCUAUCUUAAUGUAAUUUUUAAAAUUGCACGAAUACUGAAUUUGUUGACUCAAUAUCCCGUUGUCUGAAUCGAUAUUUUAAUUACAAAAUCCCAAUUUAAUUAUAACCCAUCCAUCUCAGAUUGACGGGCUGUGUUUGUGAAUGAGGUGAAGAAAAAAAGGUUUUCGCGGGGUCGAAAUGAUUCGAACACACAAAAUGUGCAAGAAACGAACUAAAUGAAACCAUCAAAAAUAGGGCAAUGCAUGACGUAAGAGGAUAACCAUUAGACAAUUCACGAGACGCCUUAAUACCAUGCCUCCGCCACCUCGCUUAUAUGAAACAUAACUUGUCGCUAUCUUCCCUGAGUUAAAAAUCGUCUUCUUUAGCUUAUAUAACUUAGUAAAGUUGCUGUGCGCUGAGGCAACAAACUUGCAUUUAACCAAGACAUCAGUUUUAAUGAUAACUUUUUCUUACGUUAAUUGCAUUGUGAUUUCUUUAUGCCUGUUUAUGGAAAGGAUUGGUUUUGUGAACCGUGUACUGUUUUUAGAAGAUUCGUUACGAAAAGCUUACAACUUGCUAAAACAUUGAACAGGCGCUGGAACAAGUCUCUGCUUUCUCGGUACCUGCUAGCCUCCGAUCAGAGAGUCGUGAAUGGAAACGAGUUCUUUUUAACGUCUUCGACGUGCCGUCCCACACGUCUUUGAGAGAAUGUUUUUCCUGUUGAAAGUGAAAUUUCCUCUAAGUUCAUGUUUAACUUUUUAAGAAAAUCUUAACGGCCUCAUCCCUUGAUUGAAGUUACGUAGAGAGUGACUGUAGCAGAGACAGUCAUGCUCUUUGCCAAGCGUUCCCUCUCGAUGGGGGAGCAAUUUUAACUAUUGUGAAAUAAAUAAUAGCUUCACACUAUGAUCUAGAAAACCUUUAUUUUGUUAAAUUCUCUUUAAAUUAAAACCCUGGUUCUGUUUGCCCUCCUGCAGAGAAUAAUAUUAGCUGUGGGUUCUUAACAGCUGGGAACUUGAUAAACAUACUUUACGUUAUUUUCAUAACAGGACUUUUAAUACAAGGAAGAUAAAGUUAUUUUUGGAAAGGAGCUUAGAGCACGUCCCGAGGUUAUUCCCACCUGUAUAGUGAAGGAGAAGCCAGUUUUCUAUUAUUCUUUAGUGGCAAGUUCCUAACAGAGAGUUAGGCUACCAAAGGAAACGUACAUGAAAUAUUAUAACUAUCUCAGGUUCACUGAUUAUCUAUUGGAGUAGCUUCGUCUUCUGUAGUUACGUCAGAAAAUUACUUAGUUACCUAUAAAUAGCCGUUUCUCAACUAAAGAUAGACGAAACGAUCAAGGAGGAGGGACAUCUCCUGGCCAUGAAGCUCUUUAAGUCGGACAUAUUCGCAAAGAGAUUGAAGUUGAGCUUGAACAUCCUUCUCACACUUUCCUCAGGCCGCUGACAAUGAACUGACCGGCCAGACCAGUCUAGUUGUAAAGAAAAGUCACUCUUAUUUAUCAGUCUAUUUCUAACCUGUGUCCACGGCCGUGAUCAACCUCGUCCUCCCGAGGGCCCUGAGUGAGGCUGGAUAGUUACUGGUAUGUUGCUAAAACUCUCGAAAAAGGCAAAUUUCAUUUACAAAUUACCUAUCCAGCCGGCCAUUUCUUACUUUUGGUAAGCCGGCGGCGUUACUCACAAGGAAUAGGAAAGUAUAACGGAGGACAACCGUCCUUCCUCACGACAAGCUAGUUCACAGGUUCUUUCUUGUUCCAGGGAACGGAAAAUCACGGUUUAUAUUUAGUUGAAACAGUGGAUAAAUACAGCUUUAGUCUCAGUUAAUUGCGAAGAGAGAACCAGAGCUAGUAGAAAACAAUAACAGCUCGACUCCUUGAUGAAUUGAUCUUUUGCUUUGAUUUUAAUUAUAAAAUAUAGCGUGAAACUUCAACAGGCUUCGUUAUGACUUUCAUAUCACGGCAGAGUAAGAGCAAACAACGGUAAUGCCGAUAAUCAUUAUGGUUUCAUACCAUCAGCCAGUAAACGGGUUAAAAUGUUGGAGUCUGAAAGAAACUUCAGAGACAACUUGAUUCCUCAGUUUUUACGGAAUGCAUGAUAAUAUUUAACAAUUAUUGAAUUCGGUUUUCGUAUCAUCUCAAGAACUGUGGAGAUCGAGAGGGGUUUUAUCGGCAUAACACCCUCCGAGAUCUCCAUAAUUCUUCAGAUGAUACGAAAGCCGAAUUCAAUAACUGUUUUAUUAUUCAUUCAAAAUAAUUCCUAGUCUAAAAACAAACCAAGACAUACUUACCUCCAUCGAUGUUCAGUUCAUCUUCAAUUGCCCGUUUAUCGGCAAGUUUAGGAGAUCAGGGGUUGUUCAGUUCUACAAAUGUUCUCCAAGUAGCUGAUGUUGUACCGCCUCCGUCGAGUUGUAUUUUUCCUGUCCUUGCUAUGUUUUUAGCCCAUAGUUCGCCUAUUUCUUCUUGGCGAAACGAGUGAAAUGUUCCGCCAUUUUGUACUCACUACCCAGGUCUUCUCGGUUAACUGUCCAGUUUUCUGACAAUUAUGCUGUAGUUUUUCACAUAUCGCAAACUUCUUCCCAAUUUGGUUAACAGUGGCUAGUUGUGAUGAAUUAUCUGCGGGCUUUUAGCCAAUCAGAAAUGGAUAAAUAUUUUGCAUGAAUAAUAACAAAGAUUAUUGAAAGGUUGCAACCUAUGGCGUCAUUAAAUGGUUAGCAUCUGUAAUUUUACUUGCCAAUUUGGAUUUUAUCAAGAUGGCGGAGAAAUUUAAAAAAAAUCCUAAAUGAUUUAAUUUGUUUUGAAUAAACGUUAGCAUAAAUGGCUCAUUGUUACGCAGCCUAUGAACUUUUCUCUUGUAACCAUAGCAUUUAAAGAGAAGAAUUUUUGACAAUAAUAACUUUGAAAAACCUAUGACAGGCCGGUUCAACCAAGAACCCUCUUGCACUCCAGGGUUAAGAUGAAAAGAUUCGCAGCGAAUGUGAGUCUUACGUGUUUGUGGGGUACGUCGCUAAAAAUUGUAAUGUAAUAAGGUGAUUGACAUCUUAAUUCUUGUAAGACGACCCAAUCUCUGGGUAAGGAAUGGUAAUGCUUGACAGUUUGCCUCUUUCCCAGAGGUCUCUACCCUAAAGCUCGUGCCUUGACCUUUCUUCCCUUCUUUACUGCGCCCUGGUAAUUUAAACGGCUGCUAAAGGAGCUUAAAUGAAUUGCUACUACAUCAACAUGAAAGAUACCUACAUAAAUAUUUUAUUUAAAGCUUUUAACUUUGCUGCAUUAAGAAUUACUUUUCUUUGAGGGGAGGUGUGGUAUAAGAAUGUUUCGCGAAUUUCAGGAAAGUUUAAAAAUUGAUCGAAUCAACCGUCGUCUUGCUAAAUGAAACGUCGCACAUUAUUACUCGCAAAAAAAGGACAAGAAUUCGACGAUGCAGACUGGAGUCAAGGCGAAAAUAUGCAUUUAAAAAUGGCAAAAUGUGACGGAGAAAUCGUGCAGAGUACAAUUUGAAAAAGAAACUUAUUUGUUGGAUUUACUGAAAGACUGGCGACAUGAGACCACAAAAAUUCGACAGUGACGCCUUUGUUUCUGGUAACGGAAUGAGAGACAGAGAUUUUUCUUAAAACUGGGACAUUUUUCUCGCUCACUUUAGGUUCUUAAGGAAAAGUUGGUUCUCGAAUGCAAAUGCCAUGGGCUCUCGGGAUCCUGCACUACUCGAACCUGUUGGAAAGCGCUUCCGUCGAUCCGUGUGAUUGGCGAGCGUUUAAAGGAAUAUUACUACAACGCCGUUCGUGUUUCAGUUAUAACGGUAGACUCCAACAGAGGCCCAAAGCCUGAAUACCUUGUUCUAAAAUCUGAGAAAUCAAGAAAGCCAGACUCGCGUAGCUUGGUGUAUGCGAAUGACUCUCAUACAUACUGUGUGCGAGAUAUCAGGCUGGGAAUUCCAGGGACAAAGGAUCGUGUUUGUAACGUUACUUCGACCAGCGAUGACAGCUGUGACUCCUUGUGCUGUGAGCGUGGACACGACACACAUAACUUCACCGAAGUAACUCAGUGCAGAUGCAAGUUCCACUGGUGUUGUCAGGUCAGAUGCAAAGAGUGUGUCCAAAAUGUUGUGAAGCACACUUGCAAGUGACAAAAUGUCAGCAAGAUUGACAAUCCAUUGUUAUACUAAAUGUCAGCCCGUUUUAGUAUUAAUAGAACACAUGGGCUUUAAAACAAGAACAAAAACAUGCACGCAUUAAUUUACAUUUAAUGUUUUUACGAAAGAUAGACGAGGCGAAAUUAAGGAGUGGAAAAAGACUUCCAUACUGUCAUAUUUAGAGCGAAACGUUCAAGACAGAGUAUGGUCUGUAAUCAGACGUAAUACGUAGACAAGAAUUGUCAUCAUGAAUUCAAGGAAACAUUUGCAAAUUUUGACAGAGCGCCAAGCGCAGGGGACUUAAAUAAUAUUAAGCUUAAAGUAGAGUAAAGAUAAUCAAAAACUUAAACUUAACUGAGACAGAUAACGACUCUCGUUAGAAGGACGAACAUUAGCACGUAGACUUUGUCGAAGUGAAAUGAAGCUUCGUGAUAUUUAAUAAAGCAAAUCUUCAUGAAGAUCUCUUGUGUGUUCUUGAAAAACUUGAGACCAGCAAGUUCUGCUAAAUGAUUGAAAACAACGUCAAUUUUGCCAAGUGCUCGCUUUAAAGUUGGUUUUUGGUUCUUAUAUCACACCUCUCUUCGCUAAGGCUGGUUCACGCCUGGACAACCAUAGCAUAAGUUCAAGCAGCAUAUACGUGGACACUGUAUCUUGAGAUUUGGAAUCACGUUUACGGCAAAUGCCGUGCAAACUUCGGUUUUUACCCCGUGAUUACUUGUACUUGUCGUUUACUAUGUCUACUCGAAAAUAAGACGUUUUGACAGGUUAAUCCAUAAGAAUUAUUUUGCACAGUUUUCAUCCCCUCAAUUCCUAAUUUAUGAAUUUGUUAGUCUGAAUCUGAUUCUCUCGAAGGGGUAGCUGGCGCUCGAAACGUCAGCUUCCACUUGCCCAGGCCUUCAUGGUCAACGCAUUUCAGUGCCCCUUCCGAGACGAACGGACCACGUGAUCCGAAACGCAUAGGCCGCGUGGAAAGUGAGGCCAAGGGACUAGGCAAAUCUCACACUCCAGUGGCCAAUUUACCGUACCUUUUCAACACAGUUAUUAAAACUAAAUCCUUGUAUUCUACUCCCUUACAAACGCGACAACACAGUCGAUCAGUUCCUUAAAAAGAAAACCCUUCAUGAACCUGGCCACUUCCGUUCGUCGUAAACUUAAUUCUAGAUCUCUCUUAUGAUGAGUGCUGAUUUAUGCCCAAAGGCACUAAUUUUCAAAAGGUUACUGAGUUUCAAGAGUUACUGUGUUUGUUCCUUGUACCUUUAAUUGCGUCGCACAUGCAUGUACACCAAGAAGUCUUUAAAAAAACUUUGCUUAUGAUCCACCAUCGAUCGGAUCAUGAUGCAUCAAACAUGCCGAUUUAUCCUUUUUCAGAUAGAAUUUAGCUGUUCCUUUGAAGUGUAUCAUGAUCCGGGUGAUCUUGAAUCAUAAAUCCUGCUCCGGAUCAUUCCAUAGGAUCACAUCCAUCGCUGCGAUGUUGCCGAUCUUUUCAUUCCCCUGGCAUAACAUGUUUACAUCGUUAUGCUGAGUAUAAAGACCUUUUAAGAAGUGAUCAUCAACAAAUACGAUAAUCUUUGUUACUUGGAACUAUCAUUUUCUUAAUUUAUACUUACGAAUGUGAUUGAAUCAGUUUUACACGUAUUUGCCGUUGUUUCGUUUGUUCAGAGGAAUCUAUAUAAUUCUUGGUAGUGGCUGAGUCCAAAUCACAAACAAGCAUAUCACCAUCGCCGGUACAAAUUAAUGAUUAUGGUCGUGAGAGGCAGUUCAUGGCUUUGUAGUAAUACCACGGGUAAAAGCUUAAGUAGUUUACAGCGACUCGGUGUGAGGUGUGGUAUAAGGCAAAACCUACCAACUAAAAUUAUAAUUAAUUUUCUCGUUCAUGUGACAUAGUGAUCUGUAAUUUUCGGACGUCCAGGUAAAGUUAAUGGUAAACGUAUAGCCCACCGUAAAGGUAGGGUUAGCGGUUUUUCGGUUUUCCGUUUGAUAAAUAGAUACAGCCAGCAUCAUGCCCUUACAGUAGAAUUAUGGGGUUUCUUAUUACAAUUUUUGAAAAGACGUCGGCUAAGUCAGUAUUUUCCUUGGGGACCCUUUUCCUUAGGCGCUCAAAGAAAGUCUGGAAAUAGAGUGUCACUGCCAUGGGACAUCUGGAUCAUGCUCCAUGAGGACAUGUUGGCAGGCGCUUCCUACCCUACGAAAAGUGGGCCUUAUUUUAAGACAGCGAUAUGAAGAAUCUGCUCGGGUUCGGGCAUACAAAAUCCCCUCCCGUUAUGGCAGAAGAGACGCCUUCCUUACGCUCAACACAAAUGGUUACCAAAAGCCCUCACCAAAAACUCUCGUUCACGUCGACUAUUCCCCAAAUUAUUGCGAGCGCAGCGCCGGGAAAAGAAUCACCGGAACCGUGGACCGGGAAUGUAACAAGACUUCUACUGAAGAAGGAGGAUGCGAACUGUUAUGCUGCGGCAGGGGAUACAAUACUCACGAGAUUGUGCAUAAAUGGAAGUGCAACUGCAAAUUUCACUGGUGUUGUUAUGUGAAAUGCAAGAACUGUAAGGAACGACGAGAGGUUUUCAGGUGCAAAUGA